GUCGAGACCAACUUUAAAAAUUGCCUACCAACUCCCUCCUCUCCUGCCCUGGACCACGAUGGGUUCAGACCUGCGGGACCUGAACUCCCUGCUGCCCCCCCCCCCGGCGGGGGGCCCCAGCCCCGGGUGCCCGGCGCUGCCCGUCAGCUCGGGCCCGCCCUGGACCCCCGUGCUGGACUUCCACCCCGCCGCCUCCCCGUACUCCUCCCUGGCGGCCCCCCACACCCCCCUGGGCUCCCACUCCUUCAUCAAGCAGGAGCCCACCUGGGGGACCGCGGUGGACCCCCACCACCACGAGGCGGACCCCCACUGCGGCCUCAGCGCCUUCACCGUACACUUCUCGGGCCAGUUCACCGGCACCGGGGCCUGCAGGUACGGCUCGGCGUUCGGGGCGCCCCCCCCUCCGCCCACCUCCAGCCAGCCGCCGCCCGUGACGGCGCCGCACCACCACCAGCCCCCCCCCCCCAGGAUGUUCAGCAACCCGCCGUACCUGAGCAGCUGCAUGGACACGCAGCAGGCGGCCCGCAGCCAGACAGGUUACGGCGCAGUCGCUUUCGAUGGAGCCGGGAAUUACGGCCACACUCCAACGCACCACAGCUCCCAGUUCUCCAACCACACCUUCAAGCACGAGGACGCUUUAACCCAACAGAACCCCAUGGGUGAGCAGCAGUAUCCUGUACCUCCUCCUGUUUAUGGAUGCCACACACCGUCAGACAGCUGUACAGGCAGCCAGGCUCUGCUGCUGAGGAACCCUUACAACAGCCACGCAGCAGGAUACGACAGUGACCCCAACAGCCCCAUGGUGUACAGCUGCAGCACGCAGUACCGCAUACACACACACGGAGUCUUCAGGGGAAUCCAGGACGUGAGGCGGGUGCCCAGCAUCGCUCCGGCCAUUGUGCGCUCCGAGGCCAGCGAGAAGCGUCCGUUCAUGUGCGCCUACCCAGGAUGCAACAAGCGCUACUUCAAGCUGUCCCACCUGCAGAUGCACAGUCGUAAACACACAGGGGAGAAACCGUACCAGUGUGAGUUCACAGACUGCGGCCGGAGGUUUUCCCGCUCGGACCAGCUGAAGCGACACCAGCGGCGACACACAGGAGUUAAACCCUUCCAAUGCGAGACGUGUCAGAGAAAGUUCUCUCGGUCUGACCACCUUAAGACACACACCCGGACUCAUACAGGUAAAACAAGCGAGAAGCCGUUUAACUGCCGGUGGCCGAACUGUCAGAAGAAGUUCGCCCGGAGCGACGAGCUGGUGCGACACCACAACAUGCACCAGAGGAACCUCAGCAAGCUGCAGCUCGCCAUCUGAACCCGAGUCCGGCCCACGUCCUCCUGAUGUUCUACACGUAAACAUCUGGGUCACAUCUGCUUUUGUGUUCUGCCGACCCCCCCGACCCCCCCCUGUGCACCUGCCUGUGUGAAAUCCAGCUGGGUCCUAAUGUGAUUUAACUUUAGAUAACAAGACAAAACAUUCUGCAUUUAGACGUAAACUUCAGUCUAGAAGUCGUGAAAGAUUCUCACAGACGAGGGUUGAAAACAGUUUGUCCUGGAAAAACUUUGUCCCUCGUUCGACUGAAUAAGACGAAGAUGAAGAUGCUGAGGAGCAGAAGCUCGAAUUCACGAUAUUCUGCAUCAUACAUAAUACAAUUGUUCUUAACUUCAAUGUUUUUACAUUCGAUAAAUCUUCGGAUCUACUCGCUGUUUCGUGAAGAUGUAAAUUACACAAACGAGUAAACAAAUCACAACUUAACAUUUACUUCACGUGUCGUCCUGCGUCUCAGGUUUUUAUCUCCACAGACUUUAGUUCGGUUUUGGACUUUUCAUCAGAGUUCAUUCUAGUGAAUAAACGUUUCUUUCUGGAUUUUAAUUCUCAUUCCAUAAAGUCAUUGAGCACAUGAGUUCUUCCAGGUUUUUCACUAACAGGAUUCAAAGCUGAGAUUUCUUCAUACCAAAUUUUUGUAAAUAUACACAUAUACACACAUUUGAUCUACAUUCACUUUAUACGGCCCUCGUGUCCGGCACUUCUGAACACUGGUAACUUUCCACGUCCUGGUGCUAAAGAAUCUUUCCUCCGAUGUGACGUCUCAUCCGUCCCCCGCCCCCCCCCCUCGUGUGCACAGGGAGGUCAAAGGUCAGCUGUAAAUAUCUCUUCAUGUUGAACGAUGACUUAUUUAUUAUCCGUUCAUUGACACAAAGAACUUCCACUGGAUUGAUUUAAGAGGAGAAAGGUGUCGUUUCAUUCAUUUAGCAUUAAAAUAAAAGAGAUCCCUUCAAUUUGAAAAAAAUAUCAAAUUAAUUAAUCCGACUCCUUAUACGGUGUUUUGCAAUGUCAGCUUUUGGUGUUUUGUCUCGUCUGCAUUUAAACAUACUUUGCAAACACGUCUUCCCGGUUGUAUAUUUUGUUUUGGCGUGUUGUGGGCGGAGCCUCUCGUCUCUGUGGUGUGUAAAUAUUGCUGGCGUCUGACAGCGAGCUCUGAGAUAUGUCUGCCGGGUCACACUGGCUCUGUGGCCGGGACCUUAUGGUCAAGAUGUAAAUAAAACCUCUUCACAGUGGGAACUGAACUCUGUCCACGGGGGAGAAACAUGUAACUGAACUGAUAUACUUCAGACUCUGUCUUUCUUUUGGACCAGGAACUGUUUCUACUUUAUUGUUUCUUCUUCUCUCUGAUGUGUGUUGAUAUCUGAGUCGUAAAACAACAAAUGUCAGUGGAACAUUUCGUGCUCAGACGUGUGAGAUUAAUGGAAAAAUGCUGUUUUCUCUCUGUGUAAAUGUAAUGUGACUGUUUUGAUACAGCAACACUUUCAAUC